AUGGAGGAGACAUCUCCUCCUCCAGCCAACACAGCCCCUGUGUCCAUCUCACAUACGGCUAUCUCACCAGAGAAGGAUGGCAAAGUCCAGGUUGAAACUCCCCAGGCAUUCACGAGAUCCUGGCGCAUCUGGUGCAUAUUCUCUGCCCUUUGCUUGCUGUCCUUCAUGUCUGCCGUUGAUGCAACCAUCAUAACCACAUCUCUCCCUACUAUAGCCCGAGAAAUCGGCGGAGCAGAGAAAUACGUCUGGGUCGCAAACUCGUUUCUAUUUGCAACCACCGUCCCCCAGCCCCUUUUCGGCCAGAUAGCUAACAUUUUCGGCCGUCGCAAUCCGCUUCUGGUUGCCAUCGCUCUCUUUGCUCUGGGGAGCGGCAUCUCAGGCGGCGCAAAGAAUGUAGGCAUGUUGAUUGCCGGGCGUACGAUUCAAGGUCUUGGAUCAGGAGGACUGUACGUUCUGUCUGACAUUGUCAUUUGUGAUAUCAUCCCUCCGCGGCACAGGGGCCCGUACUUGAGUGCUGUGCUAUCGACCGCCGCAAUCGGCACAACCAUUGGUCCCAUCAUCGGAGGUAAACUUGCUCAGGUCAAUUGGCGGUGGAUUUUCUAUAUCAACCUUCCCAUAGGCGGCCUGGGCCUCAUCGUCAUUCUCUUCUUCCUGAAUGUCCGAUAUAAGACAAGCCCGACAUGGGCCCAUGCAUUGGCUCGCGUCGACUUCCUAGGCAACGCCAUCUUUAUCCCGUCGAUGGUUGCGGUUUUCUUUGGUCUUAUCACCGGCGGGAGUGUCUACCCGUGGGGAUCGUGGCGGACCAUCCUCCCCUUGGUUCUUGGAGUGCUAGGAUGGAUUAUAUUCCACAUUCACCAGGCCUCGGCCAUUUGCAAGGAGCCCAGUAUGCCACCGAGGCUGUUUCAACAUCGUACAUCGGCAGCCAGCUUGGUCAUUAUCUUCUUGGGUGCGAUUAUCCUGCAGGCCAUCUCCUACUUCCUCCCCGUAUAUUUCCAGUCGGUCAAGGGAACGUCGCCUUUGAUAUCGGGAGUGAACUUCUUACCCUUUGCCCUCGCCAUUAUCCCCUUUGGUGGACUAACUGGUGUAUUCAUGUCGAAAACCGGAAUGUACAUACCCUUACACUGGCUGGGCUUCACAUUAAGCGCUGUUGGUGCCGGCAUGCUGUCAACAUUGAACGAGUCAUCUAGCACUGGCGCUUGGGUAGGGUAUCAGAUUCUUGCGUCUGGAGGCACAGGAAUCAUCUUCACUGCUACUUUGCCGUCCACCUUGGCUCCGCUCCCAGAGUCUGACGUAGCUGUUGCAACGGGGACCUACUCAUUCGUCCGCUCGUUUGGUCUGGUUUGGGGUGCAACAAUGGCAUCCGUCGUGUUCAAUGGCCAGGUAAACUCGCAUAUAAACUUGAUCACCGAUACAGCAAUCCAGGCGCUCUUGAAGGACGGUGCUGCCUAUUCAUACGCGAGUGGCGGACACCUUAAGAUGCUGCCAGCUGAUUCACGCAGCCAGGUCAUCGAUGUAUACGUUAAGGCGCUGGCAGUCGUGUGGCAGGUGAUUGCUGCCAUUGCUGGCCUGGGAUUUCUCUGUGGAUUUAUAGAGAAACAUGUUGAUCUUCGUAAAGAGCAUGAGACGGAGUUUGGCCUUGCCGAUAAAGCUCAAUCUAGCUCCGAAAGUGAGAUAGAGAAAGGGGUAUUCCCCCGUGAAGGAGAAAGAAAAGAAUGA